AUGAACAGGCUGCUGGGGAUCGUGUGUCUGUGUCUUUUACGUGUGAUCGGUGGUUGGAGCAGUGAGGUGAAUGAAGAAGACGGCUUCAUGCUGGUUGCGGGCCCUCUGACCGAGAAGGAUGUCAGAGCCUCCAGCAGUGAGGAAAAUGCUGUCUUUGAUUGCAGUCGUCCCUUACCAGCUGCUUCCAAACUGUAUUUUAAAUACCUGCAGACCAAAGGGGUCACCCACUUCAAAGUGCCACUGGCGUGGGGUAAACUUCUUCCCACGGGCCUUGCCAACUCGCCCCACCAGGCUGUGGUAAGGUGUUACCAGACUCUGCUGGAGCAGCUGCUGGAGGAGGGUCUGCAGCCUCUGGUCGUUCUCCAUGGAUCAACGGUUCCAGACUCUUUGAGGUCCAGGUACGGGGGCUGGGAGAGUCAGCGGCUGCUACAGAUGUUCCAGCAGUAUGCAGAGUUCGCUUUGAAGGAGUUUGGCCCACUGGCAGACUCAUGGGUGACAUUUAGUGACCUGGAUGAGAUUUGGCACACAGAGGAUGGCAGUCUUCUGGAGAACGUCCUUCAGCUCAACGAGAAGAUUCAUCAGUUUUACCAUCAGAACUUUCCUGACAGAGGCAAGUGA